GCAGCAGCUGAGGACAGUUUCCUCCGUCAGGUCUGCGGGUGACAGAGCAAGAGAUUUCUGCACAGAACCAACAUGGCAGCAGCGAGCAGCCUCCUCUCUGAAGACCAGUUUCUGUGCUCCAUCUGUCUGGAUGUGUUCACUGAUCCAGUCACCAUACCAUGUGGACACAACUUCUGCAAGAGCUGCAUCACUGAGCACUGGGACACUAAUGUCCAGUGUGAGUGUCCCUUGUGCAAAGAUCGAUGUGAGAAGAAACCUGACCUGCGGGUAAACACUGUUUUAUCAGAGAUGGCUGCUCAGUUCAAGCAGUCAGUUCUACAGGAAACCAGCAGCAGCAGCUCAGAGGAGCAACGCACCAACACAGGAGAAGUUCUUUGUGACUACUGCACUGAGACCAAACUGAAGGCCCUGAAGUCCUGCCUGGAUUGUCUGGUGUCCUACUGUGAGACUCACCUGGAGCCUCAUCAGAGACUCCCAGCCCUGAAAAGACACACGCUGAUCAAUCCUGUGGAGAACCUGGAAGAAAGGAUGUGUAAGAAGCACAAGAAACCUCUGGAGCAUUUCUGUAAGACCGACCAGGUUUGUGUGUGUGGGUUCUGUACUGAGUCAGAACACAAGCUGCAUUGCAUUAUUUCUCUCCAAGAAGACUACAAAGAGAAGAAAGCUAAGCUCGGAAAGACAGAGGAUGAAGUUCAGAAGAUGAUCCAGGACAAGCGACUGGUGAUUGAGGAGAUCAAACAAUCCGUGAAGCUCAGCAAGGAAGAAGCAGACCAAGAGACGGCAACAAGUGUGGAGGUCUACACCGCUCUGAUCCAGUCUGUUGAGAGAAGUCUGGCUGAGGUCCUCGACAUGAUCGAAGCAAAGCACAAGACAACAGAGAAACAGGCUGAAGGUUUCAUUAAGGAAGUGGAGGAGGAGAUCUCUGAGCUAUCCAAGAGAAGCACUGAGCUGGAGCAACUCUCACACAAUGAGGACCACCUCCAGUUCCUCCAAAAGUUCAUGUCUUUGAAAACUGCUCCAUCCACCAAAGACUGGUCAAAGGUCAGAGUUCACUCGUCAUACGAAGGGAUCCUGAGGUCCCCGCUGGAUCAGCUGGAGAAAACACUCAGUGCAAAGAUGAGAGUGCUUUGUGCUGAUGCUGAAAUAAAGAAGAGAAAGAAGUAUCUAGUGGACGUGACCCUUGACCCUGAAACUGCACAUCCUAAACUCUUCCUGUCUCAAGAUGGGAAGCAAGUUUACCAUUGGAAUGUUUGUCAGACGGUCGAAGACAGUCCUAAGAGAAUAACCAGAUAUUUUGGUGUGUUAGGAAAGCAGAGUUUCUCCUCAGGCAGGUUUUACUAUGAGGUUCAAGUUGAAGGAAAGACCGGCUGGGUUUUGGGAGUGGCUCGAGAGUCUAUUGACAGGAAGAUUCCUUUUCACUCAUGUCCCCAGAACGGCUUCUGGACAAUAAGCUUGAAGGAUGGAUGUGAGUAUAAAGCUCUAGUUGAUUCGGACCCAAUCCACCUGUGUUUGAGCUCAAAUCCUCAGAGGGUGGGGGUGUUUGUAGAUUACGAGGAGGGUCUGGUCUGCUUCUAUGACGUAGAUGCUUCCGCUCUCAUCUUCUCCUUUACUGGCUGUAACUUCACAGAGAAACUCUACCCAAUUUUCAAUCCAAGGAUUAAUAACAGUAGUACCAACUCCACGCCACUGAUCAUCUGUCCAGUCCAUUAAACAAAUAAGCACCCAUUAACGUCUGACAAUGAUAAAGCUUGUGCUGGUGAUGGUGCAGCCAGUGGUUAGCGAAAGCACUUCCUUUUACCGUGCGCUGCAUUGUUUACGAUCUGCAAUCUUAGACUGAGUGACCUUGUGUUCAGAUUAAAAGAGAAGUGAAAUCCACCUCUCUGUACAGGUCUGCAAAGUAAAUGCUUUAAUUUCUUGGUUCAUUACAUCAAACAUACUCAAGUGGACACUCGAGGAACUGCAGUUUUUAACACUUCUGGACUUCUGUGUGAGUAAAACUUUGGUAACAUCAUGACAAUAAUAAAAUACAUCAUAAACAAACACAAAAGAGUAUGAUAACAGAA